GAAUGAGAGCUUAUUCUCUCUGGUUUCUUCUGGACACUCACAAUGGAGCCAUUGGCGAUUUUGUUGGCUGUCGGCCUAUUUCUUGGGGCAACAUCGGCAGCCUCGCUAGGCGUCGUGGAAACAGAAGGGGGCAGUGUUCAGGGAACUAAUGUCCGCCUUGGGCUUCGCCGCUCUAUGGACGUUUUCAAAGGAAUACCCUUUGCUGCAAAGCCGGGAACCUUUGAGAAACCCAAACCGCAUCCUGGAUGGACAAAUACCCUCAAAGCCACUAAGUUUGCCAAGCGUUGUCUCCAGAAGAGCAUGCUGCAGACGUCAUCGUUCGGGGUGGAAGACUGCCUGCACCUCAACAUCUGGGUGCCUCAUGGCCUUUAUGUCUCCUCCAACCUGCCUGUGAUGGUCUGGUUCUAUGGGGGCGGUUUCUUGGCGGGGGGCUCCAUGGGCCCCAACUUCUUCGACAACUACCUGUACGGCGGACAGGAGAUCGCCGACAGGGGGGACGUCAUCGUGGUGUCGGUCGGCUACCGUGUGGGAACUCUGGGUUUCCUCAGCUCGGGAGAUUCUCAACUACCCGGUAACUACGGACUGUGGGACCAGCAUGCUGCCAUCGCCUGGGUCCACAGGAACAUCCGCUCCUUCGGAGGAGACCCCGACAACGUCACCCUCUUCGGGGAAUCUGCUGGUGGAUCGAGUGUUAGCUACCAGACUCUCUCACCGUACAAUAAAGGGCUGUUCAAAAGAGCGAUCUCUCAGAGCGGUGUUGCCAUGUGCCCUUGGGCAAUAAGCAGAAAUCCUCGCAAUGUAGCAGAAGAGGUUGCUGUGAAGGUCGGGUGUCCCACAGAUGACAAAAUGGUCGCCUGCUUGAAAUCCGUUAACGCCAAGAAGUUAGUGAUGGCUGCUCCCCUUUUCGUAUCAGGCUCCCCAGAUAAGCCGGCGCUGAAUGCCAUGGUCCUGUCUCCGGUGGUGGACGGAGACUUCCUCCCGGAGGACCCGGUCCGUUUGUUCCACAACGCGGCUGACAUCGACUACCUGGCCGGGGUGAACAGCAUGGACGGACACCUCUUCACCUCCCAGGACAUCCCCGCCAUCGCCGAUAAGGGAAACAUCACUGUGGACGAUGUUACUGCGCUCCUGCGGUUCUACACCAAGGACAAAGGUCAGGCGGGUCUGGAGGCUGCCUUGGCUGAGUACACCGCCCAUUGGGGCCCCAGCCCCAGCCAGGACCAGGUGAAGAUCACUGCUGUCGAAGUUGGCACAGACCACUACUUCCUGGCGCCCGUACAGACGGCCAUCUACCUUCAUGCAGCAGCAGCCAAGUCCGGACACACCUACUCCUACCUGCUGUCAGAGCCCAGCUUGCUGAUUGGUCCAGGUAGACCCUACCACACCUGGGUUGGGGCGGACCACGCUGACGACCUGCAGUACGUGUUCGGGAAGCCCUUCACCACCCCCAAAGCGUACGGGGACGCCCAGAGAGACCUCUCAGGCUACUUCAUCUCCUUCUGGACCAACUUUGCCUGGACCGGUGAUCCCAACGUGGGAAAGAGCAAGGUGCCCCUGACCUGGCCGAAGUUCACCUGUUCAGAACAGAAAUACCUGGAGAUCAACUCCAAGAUGGACCGAACCUCUGUUGGCCAGAAGAUGAGGAGUCGCUUUGUACACUUCUGGACCAACACGCUUCCAAACCUCCCAUCUGUUAAAUACUGAUAUUUUGUGACUGUGAGAUCAAAUAUAAACUGCGGUAUAGUAGGAAUACUGCUGCGUAAUAAACUUGACUUCUUUACACUGA